UAUAAAACACACAAACAUAUGCAAUUUGAUUAAAUAAGUUAAUGUUUCUAUGAAAGCAAGAUUUGACUACAGGAUAUGAAAUAAUUUCAAAAAGUUAAACAUUCAAGAGGACAUUUGUGGCGGUUUUCCAUGAAUUGACUUUUGGCCUAUACAUUCAUCACAGCCAAAUGCGGUCUAUGCCACACAGCACCACCACAAAAAGCAAAGUGACACUGUCAGGGAUUUCAAUUGACACUACAGUGCAUACAGACAAUCAGGGAGAGCUUUCUGGCCAAUGGGAUAACCUCAUGGCUUUAGAACUAAGAAACUCUGAUGACUGGGAUGUUUCUAUUAUAAGCCAAACCCCUCCAUGCUCGCUUUGCUCCAUGCUUGCCAGGGUAUAAAAGGUGUGGUAUUGGACGGAUUGAGCAGCACAGGCCAGCCUUCACCACACGGUACAGCUGUACUCAAGCAGAAUCUCUCAAACCUCAUCAACAUGUCUCAGACUAAGUCUGCCACCAGCCAGGGUGCUGAUGCCAAGGAUAAGGGAACCCCUGCCCCUCCUACAUCUAGCAAGACCACCACCAAAACUGGAGAGACAGGAACUGGAAAUUACAAAAUGAUGUUGUUUGACCAGGAGAAUUUCCAGGGCAGAAUGAUGGAGAUCUACAAUGAGUGUAUGAACAUUUGUGACCAUGGAUUUGAUAGAGUACGCAGUAUCAUUGUAGAGUGUGGCCCAUUUGUUGGCUUUGAGCAGACUAACUUCCGUGGGGAAAUGUUUAUCCUGGAAAAGGGGGAGUAUCCACGCUGGGACACCUGGUCCAACAGCUACCGCAGUGACUGUAUCAUGUCUUUCAGGCCCAUUCGCAUGGACCCCAUGGAGCACAAGAUCUGCCUGUAUGAGAUGACUGAUUUCCAAGGCAAUAAGAUGGAGAUCCAUGAGGACGAUGUCCCCACUCUGUGGGCACAUGGUUUCUGUGACCGUGUGGGCAGCGUGAGAGUUCCUGGUGGAGCUUGGGUGGGAUACCAAUACCCAGGCUAUAGAGGCUACCAGUAUCUGUUUGAGUGUGGAGACUACAGACACUAUAAUGAAUUUUGUGCCUUCCAGCCUCAGAUUCAGUCUAUUCGCCGUGUGAGGGACAUGCAGUUUCACCAUCGCGGUAGUUUUACCAUGACUACUGCUAAACACUAAAAUAGGCGUGUUUCUUUGGAGAAAAGCCCCAUUCACAGUGCUAUUUAUCCCACUUUUCCUGUCCUUGCUCUGAUUCUCACUUCAGAUUGAUAAUUGUACCAGGCUUCUUUUAAAUCAAAUAAAAACUAUUUAAG